CAUAAUUUGGUCGUGAAAUCGCAGUGAAGAAGGAAGGAAGGACCGUGGGUGCUCCAUCAAUGGCGUCGAUGCUGGCUCGCAGGUCACUGAGUACUCUCCGUACUCGACAUCUUGUUUUUUCCGGGAAAGCUUUGCAGGGCUCUCAUCUUUCUGGAUUGCAGUCUCGUUGUAUUUCCUACGGUAGUAACAAAGAUGAUGAAGAAGCGGAGCAACUUUCUAAGGAAAUCUCCAAGGACUGGAAUACUGUCUUUGAACGGAGCAUAAAUACCCUGUUUCUCACUGAAAUGGUCCGCGGUUUGUCGCUGACCCUCAAGUACUUCUUUGAUCCUAAAGUUACUAUCAAUUAUCCAUUUGAGAAGGGUCCACUGAGCCCUCGCUUCCGUGGUGAACAUGCUCUUCGAAGAUAUCCUACUGGGGAAGAACGUUGCAUUGCCUGCAAACUUUGUGAAGCUGUAUGUCCAGCACAAGCGAUUACAAUAGAGGCCGAGGAGAGGGAGGAUGGUAGCCGCAGAACCACAAGGUACGAUAUCGACAUGACAAAAUGCAUCUACUGUGGUUUCUGCCAAGAAGCUUGCCCUGUUGAUGCUAUUGUCGAAGGACCUAACUUUGAAUUUGCAACCGAGACACAUGAGGAACUUCUCUAUGACAAAGAGAAACUUCUGGAGAAUGGAGAUCGAUGGGAGACUGAGAUUGCUGAGAAUCUGAGGUCUGAGAGUCUCUACCGAUGAACCAUUCUACAAGUCUUUGCUUCAAGUUUAUUUCCCCGGGAGAACAUUUUCGUUGCUUCAGUUAGAAAUAAAGCUGAGAUCAUAUCUGUGUGAAAACUCUUAUGUAAUUCAGCUUUUGUUCCGUGUAAUUGAAUUGUUUGUACUUUGUACCGACCGAUGACUUUGUUUCGACAUGAGUUCCGGUUAAGGGUUUGGUUUUUUUUCUC